GACGUCGAGAUACUUUAGGAAGCACCUCCCAGCCUUGCAAAUAAAAAAAUAUUUUAAAAAUGACAGCCCGAGAUUCCAGAGUAUGUUUACAAAACUAGCAAGUUGCGACCCAAGCAGAAUGGAUUUCAAAAUGUAUUGAGGCGCGUUUGAGGGGGCGAAAGCCCAAUAUUCAUCCGUUAUCAUGGCACGCAUCGCUCAACCAAGAAAACAAACUACAGUAGCUAAAGAACAGAGAAGAUCCGCUAGGCUUUCUCACCGCCACGAUUCUGAUAAGCCGGAUGACAAUGCGGCUGCUCACCCUAAUCUUUCCGGGUAUCCAGAAGAAUUAGUGCUUUGUUUGCCAAGCCCUCUAAUACACGGAGCUAAUGAGAAGACGCAGAGGGCAAAGAAGAAGAAGAAGACAGUCCUCAGAAAAAAUGCAGUCUCCGAUUCCGAUUCCGACAAGGAAAAUAAUGUCGAGUGUUCGAAAAAAGGGAGGGCACAUUUGAAGAAGCAGAAGAAAUGUAUGCCACUUUUGGGAGGAUCGGGCUGCGAGGGUUGGAGCAAAGAGCAGGAAAUUGCCCUUCACAAUGCUUAUUACACAAUCAAGCCUUUUCCCAACUUCUGGAAGCAGAUUGCCAAGUUGGUUCCAGGCAAGUCAUCCAAGGAAUGCUUUGACAGAUUUUAUUCAGCCUUUCCUACUCCACCUGUUUCUCAACCACGUUCGAGGAUUAAAGAGAGCAAUUGUGAGUCUCCUAUCCGGCCCUUUGCUGAUGAUACAAAUGCAUUGUUGAGGUCAGGUGGAUCAACUGGCAGAAGGUCAGGGAGCAGUAAACAAAAAAUUCUGCUUGCACAUAAGACUGUAAGGCAGAUGCUCAGAAGGAAUAAGAAUGCUGAUAAAGAGUAUGAAACAGAUCUAUUUUCUGCUGUUGAAACAUUUGAUCCAUCAUCACAAUCUUUCUUGAUUCCGAUUACUAAUGCACCUGUUACACCUGAUUAUGCUCAUAAACCUAGUAAGGAGUCAACAUUUUCCCGGACACAGUCAGCUAAGUGGCAGAAGUCACUCUCUAGAUUUUCAGAAGAUUCUCAUCGGCAAAUUCAAAAAACACUAGUGAGUCCUGAAGUGCUGAAACAAGUAAAGAACCCUGCUCUUCAUGAUAAGUAUAUUGACUUGUUGCAUUCCAGAAAUGCUAUAAGAAUGGCUAUGGCUGAAAAUACCAAGGUGCAGUCAAAUUAUGUUGAAAAAGGGGUUGUUAGAUUGCCCCAAACAGAGGUGGUUUGUGCAGCAAAAGCUGCAGUGAUUGCUGAGGCUCAACAGGUGAUUCGACAAUCACGGAGUAAUGGGGAAAAGGAUUGCCAAAUUAUUGGUUAUUUGACAAGUGAUGAUUUUGAUGAAGAAUGUGAAGGGGAUGAGGGUGGAGAAGAAGCCUCAUGUAUAUAGACCUCAAUUAAAGAUGGAUCAUAUCUGUGAUUGAGCUGUCUCAAUUUGUAUUGGCUGUUUCAUUCAUGUUCAUUGCCAUCACGUCAGUGUUAAGUAACUGCUGUAGUGGGUUUGGGCAGGCACAACCAAUUUCUUUUAUGCCUUGGAUAAGGAUGCAAGGUAUAAAUUUGAUUGAUGCUAUUCGAGGCAUUUGCUUAAUAUCUGAACUUUGAAUAAAUCUAAAUCAGUUUGUUGAGAUAAAGUGCAAAUAAGUAAAGAGACUCUAUGACUGGGUAACCAUGCUAACCAAUUAACUGACAAUUGGGGUUAUUUCAAUUUUAUGCCAUGAAAGAAAAUCUGUUUGUUGUGAGAAGGAAUUUUCUGAUUUAUGGACAUGGGAACAUGCAUUUAGAAAUGAAUUUUUAAAAAACUCUCAAAUA